CCCCUAAUGUGAGAAGCCGUAAGAAAAGUUUUACUGUACUCUCUAAAUAUUUGGAAAAAGAUCAAUUUAAGAAAUCAGUUAUUCGAUCAUCAUAAAAAAAAGUCCUUAAACCCUGGUGUGGAAGAUUUUUUAAGAAACUUCAGUCUAUUUUAUAUGGACUUAGAGGCAUUUGUGUUGAAACCCCAAGGUUGAGCUGGAAGUCGGUCACUUACAAUCCAUUACAGUGAAGUGUAUUCUCCUCCGCUCUGUCCUGCAUAAACCGUGUGUGUGUGUUUUAGGACCUGGGGGAGGUUUCCAGCUGUGCCCGUGUUACAGCUGUUAUUAUCCGUUCUCCUUAGUUCAUUUUAGUCGAGUGCGUGUGCAGAUGUUUUGUUUCUGAACUACCGAAUCUCUUUCACUGCAGAUUGGAGAUACACCCGAUCUCUCUCUCUCUCUCUCUCUCUCUCUCUCUCUCUCUCUCUUCAGAGAGAAUGCCCUGAAACACUUCUACAAACAGAGAAAAAGUCAGUAAGGCUAUCUGUAUUGUUUAGGUGUGUGUGUGUGUGUGUGUUUGAGCGAGCGAGCGAGCGAGCGCGAGAGAGAUGGAUGUAAAUGUGGCGCUGUGUGUACUGUGUGCGUACUGCGCAUGCGCGAUGCCUAACCCCGGUCCCAGUGCGGAGCUGCUUAUUGAUCGCUACUCGUUACCGAGCCGCUGCGGCAGAGAGGUUCAGCCUGGGGAUUAUGUUCGGUACCACUACACCGGGUCGUUUCCGGACGGGAGGAUCUUCGACUCCAGUGAGAAUAAAGGCAAGGCAUUUGUUGGACUGGUGGGUGUGGACAGUAAGGUGAUUCCAGGCUUGGACAGAGGAGUGAUGGGUAUGUGUGUGAAUGAGAGAAGGAAGAUCACCAUCCCCCCUCACCUUGGAUAUGGCAUCUCCGGAGCUGGUACAGUGAUUCCUUCAGAUGCAACUCUGGUGUUUGAUGUUGUGUUGUUGGACGUGUGGAAUAAAGAUGAUGUUGUAGACACUCGUCUGCUCUUAAAGCCAUUGUCUUGUCGCCGCUCCGUGCAGCAUGGUGAUUUUGUGCGCUAUCUGUAUAAUGGCUCACUGAUCAAUGGCACAACCUUCGAGUCCAGUUAUGGACAAAAUGUCACAUAUGACACGUACGUGGAUGAAGAUCACCUGAUGAGAGGCAUGGUCCAGGGGCUAAUGGGAAUGUGUGUUGGAGAGAAACGCUCCAUCAUCAUUCCACCAUUUUUAGCCUACGGGGAGAAAGGAUAUGGUGUGAAGGUGCCAGCUCAUGCAACGGUGGUGUUUGAUGCGCUGCUCAUUGAUGUAUUUAAUGUGAAAGAUGAUGUACAGGUAGAGGUUCUUUAUGUUCCUCAGCCCUGCAAAAGAAAGUCAAAGAAGGGAGACUUCAUACGUUAUCAUUACAAUGGAACAUUCCAGGAUGGAACACUGUUUGACUCUAGCUACCAGCGCAAAAGUACGUACAACACGUUUGUUGGUUUGGGUCAUGUGAUCGCUGGAGUGGAUAAAGCAUUGCAUGGAGUGUGUGUGGGAGAAAAAAGACACAUCAUUGUUCCUCCACAUCUCGCCUAUGGAGAGAACGGGACAGGUGACCUUAUUCCUGGUUCAGCAGUGUUGAUAUUUGACCUCCACAUCAUUGACUUCCACAAUCCAAAAGACUCAGUGGAUAUUCAGAUUACCCACAAACCCCUGCAGUGUAACAGCACCAGUGCUGCUAAUGACCUCGUCACUUACCACUACAACUGCUCUCUGCUGGACGGCACCCAACUUUACUCAUCUGCUGACUUGGGUAGACCUGCACAGGCGAUUCUUGGUCAAGCAGAGGUCAUUGAGGUGGACCAAGGGUUAAAGGGCAUGUGUGUGGGGGAGAAGAGGGAGGUGAUUGUGCCCCCCCACUUUGGACAUGGACGAAAUGAAGGUUCUGUGGUUCCAGCAGAUGCAGUGUUGAUUUUUGAACUAGAGUUAUUGAAUUUGCAAAAAGGCGUUCCUGAAGGCUUCUUGUUUGUCUGGCUGGAAGAGAUUCCAGAUCCUCUAUUCAGCUUUAUGGACCUUAACCAGGAUGGAGAAGUUUUACUAGAGGAGUUCACAACAUUCAUCCAGCUGCAGGUGUCAAAGAGAAAAGGUCGUCUCCACCCUGCAAUGGAUGCUGAAGUAAUCAUCAAAGAGAUGUUCACCAGCCAAGAUCAGAAUGCUGAUGGGAGAAUCACAGAGAAUGAACUAAGACUUCAGACAGACAAGACAGUGGGACAUGAUGAGCUUUAAGGGAAAAAAUGCUAAAGAACUCUUUUUACCUGUUAAUCGGAAACAUCAAGUUUUGCGCUUGAGCCAAUAUUAAUCAAUAAAUAUAUGAUUUAGUUUAAGGUCAGACAUACACAAGGUCAUAAUUUGACACUUAUUACACAUUACAUAUAUAAUGUUGCAUUUAACCCCAGAAUAAUUCAUUCCUUUUCCCCAUCCAUUUUGGUGAUCAGAUAGCUAAUGACACAGGUGCAUCUCAAUAAAUGACAAUAUUAUUGAUUUA